AUGGCAGCCAACUUGGCUGCCUAAAUCCAGUGGGAACUGAGCAGUUGACAGCCCACAAUACUGCUGUCAUACAGCUGGCCCACCUCACCAACUAGCAACCCACUUGCCCAAUUGUCUAGGCCUCCUUCCAGCCACUUUCCAGCUGGUUUCCAGCCACUUUCCAGACAGGUGCAGCCAUUGUUGACUAGUCAAAUAGGUUAGAAUUCAAGGCAUUCCAACAAAAGUGGAGCCUUAUUUUGGGACUCACAAAAAAGGAAAUGUGAAACCAUUUUAUGUAGCAGGAGUAUUAAAUCAUACACAUGGCUGUUGCAUAUGUAUAGUGGGGCUUUAUAGAAAUAUGGCCAUUGAGAUCAAUCCUCUUUCUCCAUGUGGGGGUUUAUUUGUUUUUAUUUCCUUCUCCACACUCUAUAUUUGCAUGUUGUUGCAUUUUCACUGGGCCAUUGGGUAUAAAGUGAUCAAUCUAUUGUCAGAUAUAAGUUUAGAACAUCACACAGGGAACAUAUAUCUUGACGUGUUCUAAUUGAACUUGGUUUUAUUUUUAGUUCAACAGUAGGCAGAAGGCAUAAUAGUGGAUAGUUUAAAUGACAUUUAGUUAAAUUUCUGAUGGCAGAUGGGGUGAUGUCAGCUGAAUGGUCAGCUUCAAGCGAGUGGGUUCUGAUAACUGGGGGGUGUGACGGUGCAAUUCGCUUUUGGGACAUCAGGCGAGCUGGAUGCUUUCGUGUUUUAGAUCAGUCCCAUUGUCAGCUUGGGAGACGCCCUCCUCUACUUGCACGUUCUGCUCCAAAUAAGAGUUCAACUUCUAAAUCUCCAUCAGCAGUUCAUACUUCAUCUAUAAAGGCUCGUCCAUCUCUACGAAAAUCAUUAAUUGGUAACAACCACAGGCAGUCUUUUAUUGAUAGGCAAGUUAGUAGGGGGUCGUUGAGGCAGAGAUCACAUCCAGGGAUGUUAACCACUCAAGAUCGUGCCACUGCUCACUAUGGUGUUGUAAGUAGUUUGAAAGUGACUAAUGAUGGCAUGUAUCUCUUAAGUGCAGGUUCUGAUUCAAGGCUAAGGUUAUGGGAUAUAGGAUCUGGUUGUAAUACAUUAGUGAACUAUGAAACUGCACGCCUUCAAACGACCAAGGCUCUACAAGUUGACAUAUCCCGUGAUUCUUCUGUCGCUUUCGUUCCAUGCAUGAUGACCACUAAAGCCUUUGAUCUAUGGUCGGGAAAGGCAAUGAUGAAUUUUCAUGGGCAUUACGAGAAUGUAAAUUGUUGUUGGUACAAUCAUCAGGACCAGGAACUAUACACAGGAAGUAAUGACAAGCAAAUCCUGGUGUGGUCGCCAACCAAAAUUGCAAUUGAAGAAGAAUCGGAGGUAAAGAUGAAAUUGGGUGUUGAUGAAGAUAAUUGGAGUGACUGACUGAAGACCAUUGCUUCUUUUUACUGGGUUUGAAGGUUCUUCUAUUGUUCAUUCCUCUUCAGUAAUAAUUUUAUGUUUCGUUGCCAAAGCUCACAUGAAGUGAACUUAUGAACAAUAUAGCAUUCAAUGGAUUGAAAACAGAGUUCACACUAUCAAGUAGUUUUUGGUUCAAUAUUUUCCGGUUCGGUUUAUUUGGUUAUUUCAAAAAAUUUCAGCAUGGGUU